AUGCAGUCCUCCGACUCUAGCCCCAGUGUCUCUUCGCUCCCCUCGCUUCCUACCUUCAACCACAACCUUACGCCAGCAUCAAGUGUUGCACACCACGGUGGCUACCAUUACUAUCAAGACCAAGAUGAUGACAUGGAGGUCAUGGAGUCGGAUGACGAGGACCGCAUCUCGCCUCCUUCGGAAAUUUCAUCUUCCAACAAUCACAGCUACUCCCACUCGUCAGCAAGAGGUCACCACCAGAGCCCCAAGCGUCGUGCGGACUCUUACAUCCUGACCACCGCUCCGUCGGCUGGCUCCGCCGGAUCUUUCACGUACCACUCCACGGCUGACGACCCGGCUGAAGCAGGGGCCCCGACGGACGCUAUACACGCCUCGCUCGUCCUUGCUCGCCACAUCUUCUCGGUUGCAGUGACCGAGAAGUGGUGCAGGCAGGACAACUUCACCAACGCCGUAGCCGUCCGAGUCCAGGUCGGAAGCUACAUCCUAUACCCGCAAGAAGGCUCCUCGAUGCCUGCCUUCUCCCGUGCCAUGCUCGAGCUCAACUGCGAUGCCGCUAUCAUCAUCAACACUCCCCUUGUUGCCGCUGCGCUCUCCACGCUCAACGCUGACGAGAAUGAGAUUCGCCUCAGCUCUUCCAAGCGAGUGCAAGUGGUUCACAGCCUCGACUACUUGGGCGGUGCGCGUCGUGCCCAGAUGGCGGCUUUCUCCGAUACCGAGCAGGUGCUCGUUAUCUGGACAGAGUCUUGCCGAGACCUUAUCCAGCAAGUGCGUGCCUUCGAGCGUCUGCUCGUUGAUUACGUCUGGUCGAUCACUUCAGACCCCACUGCGUCAGCCCGCCACAGCAUGAUCUCGCGCUCGCCCUCCCUCAUGUCGCUCAACACUACGGUCGACAACACCGUUGUCACCUCUUCGAACUCUAAGGAGUCGGACCUUUCGCAGCUUGAGAACUACGUUCCCGAAGUUCGCAGCGUCGAGUCCUUCGCCGGCGCAGUCCGUGGUCUUGGUGUCUGCAUCGCCACCGUUGUCGUUGCCAACUGGAUCCGCCUCAUCGUUCAGACAGUUCGUCUGGACGGCGAGCCCAUCUACCUUCUCGCCCUACUUGCCAUCUUCCCCAUGUUCCUGGUUCUUCUUCCUCUUGCGGACAACGUUGCCAGCUGCGUUGCCAUGGCGCUCGGUCCCAUCCGUCCCAUGAUGCGCAACUCGCGCUACUACUCUGGUGUCAGUCCCCAGGCUCCCGUCGGCAAGACCAUCCUUCCCCACGUCACCAUCCAGGUGCCCGUCUACAAGGAAUCGCUCAAGCACGUUCUGCAGCCCACGCUCGACUCGGUGCGCGCCGCAAUCACCGAGUACGAGUUGCAGGGAGGUACCGCCUCGAUUCUCAUUGGCGAGGAUGGUAUGGCUGUGAUCGACGAUGAGGAGAAGCAGGCGCGUCUCGACUUCUACCGUCGUCACGACAUCGCUUGGAUCGCCCGCCCUCGCCACGGCGACAUGUUUGUGCGUGCUGGUCGUUUCAAGAAGGCUUCCAACUUGAACUUCAGCAUGCAGAUCGCCAAGAAGUACGAAGAGUCGAUCCUCGCCAACCCUAACCAAGACCGCCAUUCUCUGCUCCAGCGCGUGCUCAAGGAACGACACCCUCAAGCUGAGGGCGAGGGCGACGUCAGUAUCGGCGAGCUCAUCCUGCUCAUCGACUCGGACACCCGUAUUCCUGCCGACUCUCUGUUGCCCAGUGCUUGGGAGAUGGCGUCGUCUCCCGAAGUCGGUAUCUUGCAGCAUUGCUCCGGUGUGCUCAUCGUCGGUACUGGAUUCUUCGAGAAGUCGCUCGCCUACUUUAUGCGCUUUGUCUACUUCUUCAUUUCGUGGCAGACGGCUACGGGCGAAGUGGCUCCAUUUGUUGGACACAACGCUUUCAUCCGCAAGUCGGCCAUUCACGAACUCGCUGAAGAGUCGCUCAGCGCCUCGACCAGCGAUGGCUUCAUCCAGCCUUGGUCCGAGGAGACCGUGUCCGAGGAUCUCGACCUUGGCCUCCGUCUUCUUCUCAAUGGUUGGAUCGUGCGAUGGGCCACCUACUCCAACUAUGGCUUCCAGGAAGGUGUCUCUCUGACCUACAUGGACGAGCUCAACCGUUGGCGCAAGUAUACGUACGGUAUCUUUGAGCUCUUCCUCAACCCGCUGUGGCGAUGGCCCGUCCAUGGACCCGUACCCAAGCUCAUCCGCACCGUGUUCUGGUCGAGCAAGGUGCCCACGCACUACAAGUUCAACCUGCUCACCUACGCCGCCGGAUACCUCGCCAUCGGAGUCUCGCUGCCCAGUGCGGUUGCGCUGUACUUUGUUCAGGGCUGGCUGCAACCCUGGUUGCUGCCCUUCUUCGUCUCCACGUUCGAGUACUGGAUUGUCUCGCUGGUCAUCUUUGGCGCUAGUGGCUUCAUUGGUGUCACGGUGGCUCGUCACCGAAGCGGCGAUGCUAACAUCUUUGUGGCUCUCGGACAGCACCUGCUUUGGUACCCGAUCAACCUGCUUACGAUUGUCUCGCUCUCGUUUGCGCUGAUCAAGGCGUCGUUGAUCUACUUGGUUUCGCUGCCCAUCUCAUUCGGUGUCACCGCCAAGGACGACAGCGACUUCCACUUUGCCACCGAGGCGCCACUGGUGCUGCGCGAGUUCUGGCAGUCCAAUGUGCUCUGCCUCGCCAUCGUAGCGGCGGUGAGUGUGCUGGCUACCUCCGCAGUGCCCAUCGGAUGGCAGAUCACCGAGUGGCCUACGCUACUACCGGUUCUAUUCAUCACGGUGACCACUCUGCUCUCGCCAUUCCUUCUCAACCCUGCGCUUAUUCGCUUCUCAUUCUGA